AUGGCCCGGUUAAAUAACCGACCGUCCAACGCUCCCUCGUCACGCUACAAUUCUACUACGCCCGCGCCUAGCGGUACUUCCGACCAAGAGAACCGUGACCCCAGCAUGAGGCCUGGUGAUAAGGGCAAGGGACGAGCGUCAGAUGCGCCGCGACCUCAGCAGAGAUCAAACCUGCCUACACCACAGUCUGAGGGCAGUAGCGGCGCGCAGGGGCAGAAGCGGAAGCGAGGUUCUCUGAACGCCGCGCCUACGCACGAUGAGGACGAUGAGGACACGGAUGAAAGAGAGGAAAGACAGUUCAAGAAGUACUUCGACCCCAAUCAGGACCCACAUGUUCGGCGAGAUGUCAAGCGGAAGAGUCGCGCUCUGGAGAGGGACUUCCAAGAACGACGGGACGACCUUCUUCGCGACUCCGGCGAUGGCCUCACUACUACUGUACGCGCCGCCAACAAGAUCUACAAGGAGGUCAAGCAAACAAACGACGCGACGCUGGAUUCUAGGCUUCUGGUGAACGUGUCCGAUCUCGCGAACAAGAAGACUGCGCAGCUUGUGUUAGGCGACAACUCUACGGGCGUGGACGUUGAUGAGUUCCUCUCAAAAUGUAUUACCUUCAUGCGCAAUGGUGGGCCGCUGGAGCGCGAUGAGGAGGAUGCGACGGCAGCACCUAGGAACAAUCGCAGACGCCGGACGAGAAGCCGAGAUGACAGCGAUGACGAGGAAGACAUUGACGACAUUGUAGGCCAAGCGCUGGACUGGGAUGUCCUAGGCCGAAGGGCUUGCUUCCCCUCCAACGCUCGCCCCUGCGUGCCAUCAUUCCUCCUCGGCCCGCUAUCAGUCGAAAAGAAACAACGCACACAAACGCAACGACGCGCACGCCAAUCAAAAGACACAUCCGGCCGCGAAGCACGACCCGAAAACCUGACACGCGAAGACCUCUCACAAACCGACGCCAACGGCCUCCAAGCCAUCUGCACCCGCAUCCGCAGCCACCUCGAACAGCACGUCCGCGCCGGCGAGAAAACUUUACAAGACAACGGCAUCACCUCCCUCGCCGACCUCGAAAGCAGCCACGGCAAGCAACUCCUCCGCCGCGCCCGCCUGGCAGACAACGGCGCCGUCAGCCUCUUCGACUACGUCCUCAAUCCGCGCUCCUUCGGCCAGACGGUUGAGAACCUAUUCUAUGUCAGUUUCCUGAUCAAAGAGGGGAGUAUCGGCGUCACAGCGGAUUCGCAGGGUUUGCCGACGCUGGAGGUCGCGCAGCCGAGUACGUUGGAGGAGCAGAGGCGGAAUAAGAGCAGUAAGCACCAGGCUGUGCUGGCGCUGGAUUAUGGGGUGUGGCAGCAGUUGACGGAGGCUUUUGGGGCGGGUGAGCCGUUGAUUCCGCAUCGGGAGGAGGGGCAGACGCAGGGGGUGGGGACAAGAGGGUGGUAUACUUGA